AUGCCCACAUCAAUCACCCUCACAGUCAGCCAUCUCCCCACCUCAACGUCCUUCUUCCUCUCCGCCUUACAACCUUUGAAUUACGUCUUUCGGGGACGGCAAGCAAACACGAUCGGCUUUGGACCAGAAUCCCCUGCAAAUACCCCGGCCGACUUUUGGAUCACGCAGGAAAUUCCCGGAGUACCUGCUGGAGCUGCACAUGUCGCAUUUCCAGCAGCGUCCCACGCCCAUGUUCAAGCAUUCUUUCUCGCCGCCCUCAAAGCUGGUGGCAAAAUUCAUGGCGAACCAGCUCAGAGGGACGUCACGGGAUAUUAUUCCGCCGCAGUGAUCGACUUCGAUGGUAACUCUAUCGAGGCAGUCUAUCGCCCUGGCUUUGGGGACGAGAAUAAGGAAACCGAAGAUUUGAGGAGUACGGUCUCUCACAGAACUGCUGCCCGUAGUGUGGCUAAAGCCCCAUCGACCGCCGUGGGACCACCAAGGACCGUGGUCUCGGUCAAGGCACCAACGGUUGUUUCCCAGGCUCGGAGCAAUGCUCCAUCUCAAGUCAGGACUGUCGCGGCUCAUACUCGUGUUUCGGCCGCCCCCUCAGCUCCAACAUCCGAGCCCACAGCACCCAAGCCUAAACCUCAGGGCGAUGUACUCGAUACACUGAUAAAUGAAGCACGCAACGCUGCAGGUGUCGCACGCGGCCUCGUCAAUAGCAUACGGCCGAAUCUGAUCUCUUCAAAUUCAUCACCACCAGCCACCAAUACUGCAACGAAUACAAAUUCUACCGGUUUAGGUGCCGGUGAUGCUAUUGUUGGGACGCUUCUCGGGGUGGCUGCUGGUGCUGCCCUUCAUUAUGCAUUCAGUAACCGAUCAAAGGAAAGUGCCAGUGGUGAAGAACACAAACCAGAACCUCGUCGCCCUAGUGUGGCAGGCCGGAGUAUAACUGAGCCGAAUAUGAUAGGACCCCAAUACUCUUCUGCAGGUGGAGCUUCGGCAACCUACUACGAAGGAGCUAGAGUAUAUCACGCCAUUGAGGCAGCACCAUCGGCCUACACAUACAACACCAAGAGUCACAUUGAAGAUCCAAGGAUGAUCACUAUGUAUGACAAUGACGGAGGAAAAUCAGAUUACCAAUCCACCAUCAAAGCUCCAGCUCAAACAGGGACGGCAUUUUCAAGACGGAGGAGUAUCGAUUCUGGCUUUGGCCCAGGGCCUCGAGAUCCUGAGCUUGCAUCUGAAGCAACCUCGAAGGCAAGUCGGCCAUCGAAAAAGGGGACGAAGAUGUUAGAAGCACCACCGACCAGCUACCGUGCCCCGACGGUGCUUACGACCGUAGAAACCCAGGUCUCGAAAACAAAAUCACGGUCUGGGUCGAAAAGUCGUUCCGGGAGCUUGAGCCGUGUGAUGAGUCUCGCCCGUGGUCGGAGUGGUGAGGAUGACGAGAAGAAAUCCCACGCCGGAUCAACUCGACCCAGAUCCCAAUCAAGACAGUCGGGCCACUCAAGACGCAGUAGGAAAGACGAUUUCGACGACGAAGAAGCGCGAACGGUCCUCCACGUCACAGAGUCUUCACACCGCACGAAGAGCUAUCAAAAAUCCUCCGAGCACAGCCAUUCAGGCUCGAAAGCUCCCAGUCGGUCCGGAUCGAAACACUCGCACCAUCGCCACCACCACAAAGACAGCGAGCACGACAAAGACCCCCAAGAUUACCCCCUCCCACCCUCCCGCGCCGCGACAUGGGCAGGAUCGGAGAACGGGUCUUUCGUCUCGGCGCGAUCAGGUCUCGGCCCGUCGAGAAACACGCCCGCCGCGAGGACCAUCAUUGGUAAACUCACGCCCCGGAAUCUGAAGCACAACACGGUCUACCAGGAUUUUGCGGAGAACGGCGGCAGCGAGAGCGUCAUUGGGAAACACAAGGAUAUCGCGAGGCUAGAUGUCACGAGUAAGGAAGUCAGGCCUGAAGACAGUGUCAGUCAGAUCAGUGUUGAUAGUCGUGCUAGUCGCAGGAGUAAGGCCAGUACGGUUAGACGAUAG